GGUGGAAAUAUUUAACUACAUAGUGUUUACAUAACUUUUCAUUGUAGUCUCAUAGAAAUAGAAAUUCUAGCUAGGUCAAAGUUAAAAUUAAAUUAAUAGAACAACUUCUAUCUAGUAGGUAGUGAAAAAUAAGUUCCCAUUCGUUUUCAUUUUUCAUUCCACUUACAAUAUUUACUUCGACUAACUGUAUUUUACGUCUUUUAUCGUAUUUUCAUUCGUUAGAUAACCUCUAAGGGCGUCAGUUACAAAUAGAAGAGAUUACGAAAUACGACAUCAUUGUUUAUUUCAUUAAUACGAGUUACAGUGAUCUUUGUUUACAAAUUAGAACAAGUGUUUAUUGAUCGAGUAUAAUCGCCAUUCGCCGGUUGACUUCGCAAGUUGUCCAUUUUGCACUACCAUCAGAACAGCUGUUUUUGCGAGUUAUUUUAUAAGUGAAUCAGUGGAUAAACAUUCUAUAAUUUAUAGUAACUUGGGAGUAUAUUGUGGAGCGUAAAUAAAUUUGUGACGUGUUUAAAGUUGUGUUAUUGAUUAGACAUGUCACAGAUGAGAUUGAUAUGCCGCGCCCGGCUACGUGUACGUAGUAGCCCGGCAACACUGUCAGUGUACACAGAGCCUAUUACCGCUCUUCUCAGUGGAAAUUCUAGUAAACGCACGAUGGCGAGCAAAGCUGUGACCCUUGAAAAUAUCAAUCCGAAUAUUGUGAAAUUGGAAUAUGCAGUGCGCGGGCCCUUGGUCAUCCGAGCGAUGGAAAUCGCCAAAGAACUAGAAAAGGGCGCUCAGAAGCCAUUCAAACGCGUUAUAAACGCUAACAUCGGCGAUGCCCACGCUAUGGGACAGGCGCCCAUCACCUUCAUCAGACAGGUGCUGGCGUGCGUGUCGAACCCAGAACUGAUUGAGAAGAGCGACUACCCAUCUGAUGUCAAGCAACGUGCCAAGGACCUCCUGAACAGCUGCGGUGGUCGCUCCAUGGGCUCCUACACGGCAUCUCACGGCAUCGAGAUGAUCAGGCACCAUGUGGCAGAGUACAUCGAGCGUCGCGACGGCCACAAGUCCAACUGGCAGGACAUUGUCUUGUCUUCCGGAGCGUCCAACGGAAUCAAGAACUGUUUGCAACUGUUCUGCAACGAUAUUGGUGGAAAACCUUCAGGAGUAAUGGUGCCCAUCCCACAAUACCCCCUCUAUUCAGCGUCCAUAGCCGAAUACGGUCUCGGGCAAGUGGGGUACUACCUCGACGAGGACAACCAGUGGGGGCUGGACGUGGACGAGCUGGAGAGGUCGUUGACCGAGGCCAGCAAGGAGUUCAAUGUCCGGGCUAUUGUCGUCAUCAACCCUGGCAACCCUACGGGACAGGUGCUGACGCGGGACAACAUAGAAGCGAUCAUAAAGUUCGCGAACAAACACAACUUGUUCAUAUUCGCCGAUGAAGUCUACCAGGACAACGUUUAUGCAGAGGGCAGUCAAUUCUUCUCAUUCAAAAAGGUGAUGACGGAAAUGGGUCCCCCGUAUAGCGGACAGGAGCUGGCGUCGUUCAUGUCAGUGAGCAAGGGGUACAUGGGCGAGUGCGGGCUGCGCGGCGGCUGGAUGGAGCUGUGCAACCUGCAGCCGGACGUGCGGGCGCAUCUCUACAAGGCCAUAUCCGCCAUGCUGUGUCCCACCACGCUCGGACAGACCGCCGUCGAUUGUGUUGCCCGGCCGCCUUUGCCCGGCGAGCCGUCCUACAAUUUAUGGAAGACCGAAAGGGAUGCGGUUCUAGCGUCGCUCAACAAGCGAGCCAGGAUGAUCGCAGACACGUUUAAUUCUAUGCAGGGAUUCACUUGUAAUAAAGUACAGGGAGCCAUGUACGCGUUCCCGCGUAUAGACCUGCCGCAGAAAGCGAUCGACGCCGCCAAGAAGGAAGGGAAGACUCCCGAUACGUUUUACGCGUUUAAACUGUUGGAAGAGACUGGCAUCUGCAUCGUCCCGGGCAGCGGCUUCGGCCAGCGCCCCGGCUCCUUCCACUUCCGCACCACCAUCCUGCCGCAGCCCGCGCUGCUGCAGGAGAUGUUGGACAUCUUCCAGAAGUUCCACAAGAAAUUCACCAGCGAAUACGCUUAAAUCGUAUGCCAUGUGAUAUUAUUUAACCCCAUGAGAUAAAAUGUGAGCUGUAUACAAAUUUUUCGCGAUUUGGUCUGCUCCACCGACUAAAUUUUGGUAGGCUCCAUUGACUAAAUUUUAGUGGGCUCCGCUGACUAAAUUUCGUGGUUGUGAUUGAUUUUUAAAGCAUUGAGGCUGACUGAAAAUGUAAACAAAAUUGUUGUUACACUAAAUUGGCUAAAUGUCGGCAGAAUCGCCUGAAAUUUGUAUAUUGUAUGUAGUCUUAAAUAGGAAAUUUACAAAUAAAAACAGCUUAUCUCGGUAUAUAUUAGUUGGACGUGCGGACCGUAUGCCUGUUUGCCGAUUUCAAUAUCUACAAGGCCUGCAAAUGUAAAUAUUUUCACAAGCCGUUUAAAUAAUAAAAAAAUAGUAAACUCUCGCUUAGCUAUUAUAAUUUAUGUAGUCCAAAACUAAUAAAAAUGAUGUCAUGCAAUAGAAUCUUUUGAGAACAAGAUCUCUUACGCCAACGGAGUAUUAUGGAAACUCUCAUAUAUAAGAAAUCCAAAGUCUGUCUGUCACGCUUUCACGGCUAAACAGCUGGAUGAGAUUUUGUUGAAAUUUAGAAUAGUUAUUUUUAAAGGUCAAAAUGCGAACAUUUUAUCAAAAUUUUACCCUCGAAAGACCAGAAAUGGGGAAUUUUGUCAGCUAAUAUUAAUAGGUAUAUGACGAAAGUUUUUGUUGUGAUUAAGUUUUCUGUGUCACGAAUCUUAUUAGAAGAGUUCAUUCGUUAGAAAAUUACAAAUCUGUACAUUUCGCAAAGUAUCAAAAUAUAUAUAACGAAUGUCAAUAAAAAUGUAUGAACUUCUAUAUUGUAUAACUAAUUAAUAUCAAUUCGGAACAUCUAAUAAAAUGAAUUUUAUUAUCUAGUCUUGGCGACGCCAUCUUGUAUCUGUAGAUAAAUUAGUGAAUUAUACUCGUAUGUAUAAUUUUGUUCAAAUAUUGUCAAAAUGUACAUAUUUAUCAAAAAAUUAUAAUAAAACAUUAAAUUAAUUUCAUAGAUAAAUUAUUAUUUAAAAGUACACUAUGAAGAUUUCCGUUGGAAGUUUGAACCAGUUUGUUGUGUUGUGGAACAUCUAAAAACAAUUAAGUUUAUUAAACAAAUGUGAAAUUGUCACAUUAAAAAGUGUGUAACAUUAUUAUGAUUUUAACACGUUCGAUAUUAGUUUGAUUGUACCUACCUACUAAUCUUACUAAUAUAUUAUAAAUGGGAAAGUUUGUGAGGAUGUAUGUGUUUAUGUUUGUUAUUCUUUCACGCGAAAUCUAGUAGACGGAUUGUUAUGAAAUUUGCUACACGGGUAGAAUAUAACCUGGAAUAACACAUAGGGUAUUUUUUAUUCCGAAAUUACCACGGGAGCGAAGCCAAGGGGCGGACCUAGUAAAAUAUGAAUCAAACUGUUUUAUUCAUAAAGAUAAAACGUAUGUUUUGUCACGUUCUGUCAACGUCAAAUAUUGUAAAGCGUGAUAGUGACAAAACAUACUGCCUCAAUGUUGCUAUUAUUAACUUUUGUAAGUAAAUAUGACUUUAACGUCUAAAUACACAGUAUCUGGUUCGAAUUAUUAUAAAAUUGAUUUUAAUAGGUUCGCUUGUGGAAAUGUAGAUUAUUAACUUAUAUUUAACAUUCAGCUGUUAUUUGUUUCCUACAAAUAUAUCGGCAUAAGUCGAGGAUGUGUGGGAAAUUGUUUACACGAGAUAAAAAUACUUAAAUCGAUUGAUGCAUCCAGCAUUGUAGUCCUUUUAACAUAAUCUGCUGCAUUUUUACAAUAUAUGUUUUUGAGAUUAUAUUUUUAUUACUAUCCACAAAUCAGUAGCAUAUAGCGCUUCAAUUGUUUUUGUUUUUGCUAAAUAUUUAUUUUUGAAAUCGAAACUGGUAAGUUGUAAAGAUGUUAAUGCAUUGUUAUUGUAAUAUAUAUUAGUAACUAAAAUAAA